AAUCUUAAGAUGGCUUGUCAGCGAAACACAGCAACUGUUUCACAAUCCACCACGUGGCCAAAGGUUGUGCUUUUUGGCGACUCUAUUACACAGUUCAGUUUCUCCAAUGAUGGGUGCUGGGGAAGCAUGCUUGCAGAUCUGUUACAAAGAAAGUGUGAUGUUAUCAACAGAGGGUUUUCUGGGUAUAAUUCCCGAUGGUGUGUAAAGAUUCUAUCAAAAGUAUUUGAAGAAUUUGCCAGUAGUGAUGUUGCCAUGGUGACCAUUUUCCUUGGUGCCAAUGAUUCGAAUUUGCCAGCCAACAGCCAUCAACAUGUGCCAGCAGAGGAGUACAAGUCACACUUAAUUAGCAUGGUAGAGAAGCUGCAGAUGUGUGGUAUCCCUAGAGAAAAAAUUCUGCUCAUCACACCUCCUGCCUGUGAUGUGGUCGCUUGGGGAGCAGACUGUAGUCUAAACGGUCGUCAAUGUCAUAAGUGCAACAAAACUGCUGGGCUGUAUGCCAGUCUGUGUAAAGAAUCAGCUACUGAAAUGGGUACAGGAUGUGUUGAUCUUUACACAGAAAUGAUGAAACUUCAGGACUGGCAGCAACUUUUGAAUGAUGGUCUUCAUUUGUCAACUCGGGGAUCAGAGUUGCUCUUCAAUCUGAUGAAACCAUUUGUUGUGAAACUAACCUCAGAGAUUGAAGCCAAAUUUCCUGAUUGGAAGGAUGUUGACAAUACUAAUCCAGAUGCAUCAUUAUGUUAA